AUGAGCCGCUCUAGAAAUAUAUUGACAAAGAAAGGAAACAAUAAACCCAAGAGUUGUAAAAGUCGAGGAAAUGCCUUUAGCUUGCAUGUGAUACUCAAGCCAACGGAGGAGAAAUUUAUGCUCAAGGAUGUUUCCUACAGCAUGACUGUAGCACAGCUUAAAGAGGAUGUGGAAUUUGCAACUGGGAUACCCAUCUCAAUACAGAGAUUGAGUUAUCUUGAUGAAGGAGAGCUGCAAGACAAUACGGAUUUGAAGACUAAUGACUUUGUGCCAGAAGGCACUGUACGACUGAAAGUCUGGCACAUGUAUCAAGAACUUGUUGAAGCUGUGACAUCAAAUGACAUUGACUGGGUUUUCAGAUUAGGAGUGACCAGCUCCUCAGACUACCACACUCCUGCCAGUGACUACAUGAGCAAGAAGCUGCGCAAAGAAUGGCUUGAGGACAGAGCAUUGAUCGCCCUGUGUCUGGCAGCUCACAGAGGUCAUGAGGAUCUGGUUGUCAGCUUGAUUGAGUAUGGUGCAGACGUCAAUAAACAGACAGCGACUGGGAAAACUCCGCUACAUUUUGCUUCUGCUGUUGGCAAUUCAAAGAUAGUCAACACAUUGCUGCAACAUGGAGCAGAUAUCAACGCAGAAGAUCACAGUGGCAAUACUGCCUUGUCUGUGUCUGAGAGAUUCGGACAUCAGAUCUGUUCCAGAACUCUCUUCCAGUUUCAGUGGCAGCAGCGGGCCAAAAAUCUCAAGCCAUCCAAAAAUAUACCAUUACUUGCACACCAAUAUUUCGACUCCAACCUUCCUGUGUGGAAACGAGGUACGUCUGCUCAAAUUUAUGUCAGCAAAAUUCUCAAGCCAGGAGAGUUUGAAGGGACAUCACUGAGUGCUCCUCGGUCAGGAAAGCAUCCUUCACUUGCCCGCAGGGAGCUUCGAGAUGCCACUUUCUUCUUGGACAACUCCAGUGUCAGUGAUGUAACACCUGGCCAGUCAUCUCCUACAGAUUCUGGAUUAUUGUCUUCAGCAGACGGGAAGAAACACUUGACCAACCUAAAGAAACCCCUGACAUACCAGGAAUGGUUGGAGAAACAAAAUGAAAUGGCGAAACAAAUGGCUCUUGAGAAAAAAAGGCAGACGAUAGAACACAUAAAACAGAAUUCGGAGGAAGCAGACGUGUCCCAAGAGGAAAAUGGUGAAUUUGGAUCUGAAAAAUGGCUAGAAAACACAGAUCAAGGAGAAACGGAGAAGUCCGCACAAGACAUGUUGCUGUCUGCACAUCAGUCUGCUCUACCAGGUGACUGCAGUCUGCUUCCUGUACAUCAAGAUGGAGCUCUUCGCAUGUAUCUUCGAAGUUUAGGAAAGUCCUCAUCAGGAGUCAGUUAUGAGGAGUGGUUGAAUGAGAAGGAGAUGGAGAUCAAUAGACUAUUCCUACAGAAGAAUUCUAAUAUAUCCGGAUCUGUGUGA